AUGUAUCCAUCUCCUCCCUCCGUCGCGUUCGAGCCUGAGCAUGAGCCUGUGUGGUUUUUGAAAGAGCGGGUUGUUCUAACAUGGCACGAUCAAACCCGAAAUCAAGCGCUACAUCUCGGAGAGCCGUCUCCUCUCAACAAGGACGCAAGUCUGAUACUUUGGCUUGGUCUCGUCGAAUCUAGCAAACAAGCGGUGGCCAUGUUACAACUCACAGUCACACACUAUUCAAAAGGAAAGAGGAAGAGGUUCGACUUGUUCUCAGUGCCUAAAAGCUUGGAGCUUGUCAGCGAUGAGAUACCCGUUUUGGGUUUAGAUGACAUACCUGAAGGCAUCGCUCGCAUGUUCGAAGCCAUCGAAGGCUCUACAAAAUCUCGAUUCUUGCGAAUGUCCUUGUGCAAGACAAUACCGAGUCAGACCCUAAUGCCUAUCCGCAAGGCUACGCGAGCUGUACAAGGCACUGCCGAACACAUUAUGCUCUAUGCACAAGCUUUCGCCGAGUCGGCCGAGAGACAUGAAAUCUACAUGGGCUAUAGCACAUACGCGCAUGAGGCCUUGACCAGAAACAUACAUGCUCUCAAGUCCGACUACGCGGUUCCAUCGUUCAACCUCGAAUCGUCCUACAACCACAACGGUGGAGUUUUCAACGUGUGGGACGAUUAUCUGGAUACGGACUCUGCUCGCACAGCAACCAACGUUGAUGCUGACCUGGACCACCGCCACGCCCGCAAGAGGAAAAGAGCAAGGCAUGAGCAAGGAGAAGGAGACCAUUCAGUCGGAGAUGAAGCAGAUACCCAACCAGAACCCCAGGGUCCACAGACCGCAAAAGACGAUGCUCCACCACCAGCAUACGAACAGGUUCAGGUGCCAGCAAGCGACUGCGCACCCACUCCACGUUCAAGCAAACGCAGGGAUGCUUCCAUCGUGCCAACGACACCUCCGAACCAAGGUCCAUGCACUGACAGCAGCUUCUCGUUGAAUCCGCUCGAUACCCCUGACUCACCUCCGCUCGGACCCCCUUUUUCUCCGCGCGUUAAUCCUGCACAACGUCUACCAUUACUCGACACUCAACUCGUCUCGCAAACGAACCACCGCUCAGAUAUCAACGUUGCAUUGCACACAGCUUUCGUGACAUGGCUGAUCAAUAUGGAGAGGCUGCAGCCUUUUCUACACGAGGAUCCUGAUCUCUACACAAUUCUGGUAGCUUUCGGUCUCGCCGUGCAAAGAGGAGACAUCACUCGCUUUCCCAACAUCAAAGCAAGAGCUACCUCGCUAGUCUUGAAACGUCAUGUCACAUCGACAUGCGAGAUUCGCAAAUGGGACGUGCCGGCAGAGAAGCUGGUACAAAGACUGGUAAGAUGGAUGUGUGGACUCGUACUACAUGCUGAUAUAGAGUUGAUUGGUGACCUUNUGCUGUUGACACGAAAGGCCAUUAAUGUGACGCAGGAUAGUCAAGACCCAGUAGUGGCAGACAUGACGAAGGAAGAAGAGUACAUGCUUCAAGAAGCUACUUGUGUCGCAAACUUCUUCGUGACUUAUGCUCUACCUCUAUCACGACAUUUGAGACCAUAA